AUGAAGGGUACAUCGCUACAUUGGAGCGAGCUGUCAGAGGCGGUCGCCCAGUUUGGCAUAGAUUUGAUUUGGGGUGUGAGUGUGGAGGCUGUAGGGUGUAUUGAGCGCUGCGUGCGCAGCCAUGCUGCCUGUUGUCAUCUCGCCCGCUCUGGGGCGGCUGCCGCUCUCGUGUCUCGCCUCCCGACCUACACAGCCUACAAAAGUUGCGUGCUAUUUGAUUAUGCCACGCGUCUGUGUGGCCCGUUGUUUAUAUUAGACUUGAUGCCACUUUAA